UAACAGCGCACUCGGAGCAGGAGCACCACGCGCGCGCGCAGAGGCAACAGAUCUCUCUAGACCCUGAGUGCGAACAUGCCGAGAUCAUUUUUAGUCAAGAGCAAACGUGCUCACAGCUACCACCAACCUCGCAGCCUUGAGGACGACUACAUCCGACUGGACGCUUUACUGACACACACCUUCACAGAGAUCCAGGCCGAGUCUGACUGCGGUGAGGAGGUGAAUAAAAGUGCAGGUCGAUGCUCACCUGAAGGCAGCGCGGUGUGUACGGCUGAACAUAAAUCUCAACACUCUCCUCUCAGCUGUGAGGGAAGUGUGUGUGAUCCGCCCGCGGAGUACGAGGACUCUGUGUGGAGACCCAGAUCUGCAUCUUCUUCUCCAGAUGUGGAUGGAUAUCCCUUAUCAUCACCGGAUGAUAUCCAACCUUUCGACCUGACCUUUCGCCCCUGCGCCUGGACUCACCCCCGCUCGGAGCUCAGGCGCCUCGUUAGACCGUUUCAGCGGAGCCACGUGACACGUGAGACGCCUUCCGUCGGCGUUUACGGCUCCACGCAGAGGAUCGCCAACGCCUUCUUCUCCAGUCAGUCCGCGUUCAGAAGCUUUUCUCAGGAGGAGUACAGUUCCCUGGCUAAGGACCUGCUGAAGAGCCAUACACGAGGAUAUUACUCCGAGUUCAAGACCAUCCAAGAGAACGCCGAGAUCAAAUCUCAUUCGGACGUCUUGUGCACACGGCUGCAGAUCAGCGGCUCUUACAAGUGUGUCAAGUGCACUAAGGUGUUUUCCACGCCUCAUGGCUUAGAGGUCCACGCCCGGCGCUCACACAGCGGCACGAGGCCUUUCGCGUGUGAGCUGUGCGGGAAAACGUUCGGUCACGCCGUCAGUCUGGAACAGCACAAAGUCGUCCACUCACAAGAGAGGAUUUUCAGCUGUAAAAUCUGCGGGAAAAGCUUCAAGCGGUCGUCCACCCUGUCCACACACCUGUUGAUCCACUCGGACACGCGGCCGUACCCCUGCCAGUACUGCGGCAAGAGAUUCCACCAGAAAUCCGACAUGAAGAAACACACCUUCAUCCACACAGGAGAAAAGCCGCACAAAUGUCAAGUGUGUGGAAAAGCCUUCAGUCAGAGCUCCAACCUCAUCACACACAGCCGCAAACACACCGGCUUCAAACCGUUCGGCUGCGACUCGUGCGGCAAAGGCUUCCAGCGCAAGGUGGACCUGAGGAGACACCGAGAAACGCAGCACGGCCUGAAAUAAGAGACAUUUAAAAAUCCAAUAUAAUUUAUAUUCUUUUUAUGAAAACACUAUCGAACAUUAGUUAAGCUGUUAAUACUAAAAAAUCAUUAUUGACUUAUUAUUUUUCAUUAAAACUAAACUUUACACGACUUGAAGGUUAUUUAUAAAAUCUUGUGUUUGAAC